AAAACGUUUUACAAAUGUUUGGAAUUUAAUCCUUAAUUCACACGUUAGGACGUAAAUAGAUUCCCCUGCCACCUAAAACUGUCAAAAAUUGUCAAGGUAUUUCAUUUCAGCUCUCACAAGCAUCAUCAAAACAUGAAGUAAUCCUUCAGUGUUGCCAGACUUAAUACAAGGAACCAUAUGAAGCUAAUCCGAUGAGGUAUUCUCGAGCAUAAUAGUCUUAUCUAAAAAACCAGGAAAAGAAGAUACCAAAUGCUUUAAUUGAGACCAAAACUAUAUUGGUCCCAUCUCUGGGACUGGGUCUAUGGAGAUUAAAGGGAAAAGGAAGGGAUCAAAUUGAGCCAAAGCAACAUAAACACCACCUGGAAGAAGAUCCUAUAUAACAAGCUCUAAUACUCAACAGUCAAGAAGAGUAGCCAUAGCCUUUGGUCUAAAGCUAAAAUAGUUCAGCAUUGAACACUCUCCAUCCCCGAUAUCCCCUACUUUUGCUCUUUUCACCUUUUCCAACUUUCAACAGUUACUCAGAAAAGGGAAGAUUAGUGAGACCAAUAAAGACAUUUAACUCAAAAAAAAAAAAAAACAAUGAAGAUUGCUUUCUUUCCUUGUUUCGUUAUCCUGUUAUGCGCUCUAGCAGUAGCAAGCAGAGGUGUCCAUCUAGCUGCUACACCAGAAAGGAACAGUGAGAGUGCUGUUGCAGACAUUAGUGGCAGCAACAAUAAUUCUGAGUUAGCAAGCAGGGACUUUAUAGCAGAUGUUGAGAAAAAUCAGAGAGGAAGGGGAGCAAAUGGGGGUGGAAGUAUUACUCGUCAGCCACGUACUCUUGAUAAAAAUUCAGCUGUAACACUUAAGCAGCCUUCUAUAUCCGUGUCAACUACUUAUGUCAUUUCUAGCUUGCCUCUACUCCUGGCUCUCCCCUUUGUCAUUCCCUAAGAUGUUCUAAAAUAUAGCUCAAGCAUUU